AAAAUCUGUAGGCCAAGGACAACAACGAUUUUCGGGAACAAUUCGAGACCAGAGGAGAGCCCCUAGCAUCGCGUCGGCCUCUUCGAGAGGGCGGGCGUGCCAUGCCCAGCAACUACGGCAUCUCUAUCUCCAUCGUGUGCGGCGGCUCGAUUCUGGAAGAAUAUGCUUGGCAGUCUGCCGAUGAGCGCACCGCGAGCUGCUUCGUCCCGAGCGCCUCGGGCAAGAACUUUGAAAUAAUUCUCACCAACAACCUAAACCUACAGGAUGUUUCCGUGUCCAUAACGGUCGACGGGAGUCCCAUCGGCCGCUACUACCUCGCGCCGGGCCAGAAAUUGCUUCCGGGCAUAUAUGUCUCCGAGACUACGACGAAACCGUUUCGCUUCCGCAGCCUGGUUUUCAAUGAUGAGAAAGGGAUCCAUGACCCGUGGUCCUUCACUUGGGAGAAUACAGGUUCAAUCGGGUUCUCCAUCUAUCGCUGCAGGUCGACAGGCAUCGAACAAUUCAGGCCUCAGGAUCCUGCUCUUGUAUCAUACACCGCGCGCUAUGGCAAGGCUCGUGCGGCUACGCCGGCCGUCUUAACUGGUGGAGAAGUGCCUAUUAAACCUAUCCAGGGAGUCGGCGGCAUUACCAUAGACCCCCAUGAUAAACCAUACGCGAAGAUUCUGGUCCAGUACAGACCAAGAGAAAUCCUACAAAUGCAGGGCGUCAUCAAGACCGCCUUCUCUUGCCCAUCCACUGCUUCUUCAACUGAAAUCCUACAAGCGCAAGGAGCAGUCAAAACCGCUUCCUCUCGCCCAUCCACAGCUUCUUCAACUGCCGUCUCACAACCCGGGAGGAAGCGCUCCUUAGAUUCGAUGUCGCUGCUUGCGGAAUCAAGUGGCAGGCCGAGUCAACGCCUGCGCGGGACACCGCUCACAGAGAACAGUCCGCCCCGCUUGCGGUCGUCCCACAGCACGGACUCACGUCAGAGCGGUGGCAGCUGGGCCGUCCAUCCGGCUCCGAGCCUCCCAGGGGGGCCAGGCACUCCCGGCGAACUCGCACUCAUGAAGACCCGGCUCAAGCAUGCGACCGAGCAGAUGCACGGCGCGAUGCGCGAGAUGCGCAGUUCGAUGGAACUCAUGAACAGUUCCAUGCACCAGAUGCAGUUCCUCCAGCAGCGCAUCGAGGCACUCGAGGCGCGGCAGCUGCCUCCGCCGCCCUCGCUAUCGACGGCGCUAAUGCCAGUUCAUACGGCCUCCCAGAGCUCGCCAACCGCGGCUGAUGCCGUGUGGAGCCAACAGGAUCGGCCGUCGGCGAGAACGUUCGCCUCAUUUUCGAAGGAUGUUGAGCAUAAUGGACGGGAGCAAGAGUUGCUCGACGAAGGUGUGGGUGAGCUGCAGUGGCCGUGAUCAACCAGAAGAAAGCUGCCUCGCUGAACGCAACGAAGCGACACUAAUAUUAUAUCCAAUAUUCAUCUUACUGACUAGCAUUUGGUAUACAUCUACAUAAGCGUCUUGCUCAGCCCGUCACAGACACUCACACACUUCACAUUUCUUACUGUACAUCACCGCGGUCGAUGCACUCACGUCAUCAAGCCGACAUUUGUACAUUGCGUUUAGUAUGAUAC